AUGCAAUGCAAGCUUGCAAAGGUCUCAGAUGUUGUCGUCUCCGAUCUCGCUCCGCACGAAGGCUUCUUGGGUUUUGAUGAGCGUGUCUCUGAAUACCUGGACCGUGUCCACGAAGCUAGCGACGCAAGACUGCGUGCGGAAUGGCUGUUGGUCAACGGUAAAGGUAUGCGUUGCAAGUUUGUCGCAAACCCGACCUGCAGAUAUCGAUGGUCGAUCUUUGAGAUUUACACAGCAGCGACGAUGCGAGGCGUCGAAUUGCCCGUUCAGGAGCCAAAUGUCGAGCCUAGCGAGAACCCCAACUGCUUGCCCAUGUCUGAGUUGACAGUAUAUCUGUAUCCUUAUGGGCUGGCAGGACUAGCAAUCCCUAUCACGGUUUCGACUCCAAAGUAUUGUCCCCAAACCAAACGGGGCGUCUCAUCCAUACAGCAAAAAACGUGGGACAGAGCAGUAUCCGGUGUUGCUAGGGUGUCUGAAGCAGGGGUAGCUCUGGUAGUCUUCCCUUAG